AUGGCUAAGUUGCUACUAUUUGCCUACUGUGUGCUCCCUUCAGUACUUGUUAGCGAAUGGAGCAUGAUUAGGCCGUGUGCAACGGUCAGAAUUGAGUGCAGAGAUAGGAUAGAUUUACAGCUAAGAUACAGUUUGGAGGGUGUGACAGACUCUACCGGAACGUGCGAGAUUAAGGUUGUGGGGGACCAAGCAGACAGGCUUUGUCGUGUUGUUCUUGUCGAUAGUCCACUGGACGAUUGCAAAACGGUAGACCCAGUACGUAACUGUGCUGAAAUUAUUCUAACCCGUGUCAAUGGUGCCAUUUCUGAUCUUCGUUUCGCUAAUUCCUUGGGGCUUGUGAAAGACAAGGCAUUGCCUGGGUGUGCUGAAUUGGUCAAGAAACUUUUAGAAUCCGAUGAAUAG